AUGCAAACCAAGGAGGAAGCAAGACGCGCCACCCUUGACACCAGACCUCAUCCUCAACUGGCGAAAGAGAACACCCACAUCUCCCUCGGUUCACGGACAACCAAAACACACAACACACUGCUAUUCAAUCUCAUUCUACCUUCCCUUCAUUUCCGCUCCGCCGCUUCCAAUUCUCAGCCGCAACUGAUCCGCGUUCGAGGUUAUCCUUCAGAGAUACAUCAAGUGAUUACCGACGAUGGCUACAUCCUCGAAAUACACAGGAUCCCUCACGGAAGAAAUGGAGGACCAAGGAACCAAAACAGGAUAUCCACUGCAGAAAGAGGAGGCAACGGGAGGCGCGAAAAUCGACGUGUGGUGUUUAUCCAACACUGUGUGUUGUGUUCGAGCGCCGACUUCGUAUUGAAUGAUCCUGACCAGGCGCUAGCCUUCAUACUGGCGGACGCGGGAUAUGACGUGUGGCUGGGAAAUGCGCGGGGAAACGUCUACGGUCGACGCCAUGUCCGUCUCUCUCCCGAACAGCGUGAAUUCUGGGACUUCAGCAUGAACGAAAUAGCAAGAUUCGACAUACCCUCCAUGCUGAGUUACAUCAGGGGCAUGACCGGGGCACCGCGUGUGUACUACAUAGGGCACUCCAUGGGCACCACCGUCUUCUUCGCCAUGAUGAACUACCAUCCACACAUCAACGACUGGAUUCGCGUGAUGGCUGCGAUGGCGCCGGUUGCCUAUAAGGAUCACGCGGCAAUCUACCAGCUUUAUGGCCCCAUCAUCAAAUCCACUUAUAGGGCCAUGGAGCGGGCGGGCGUCGUGGAGGUGGGCAUGCUGAGCGCUAACUACUCUGCCGCCACGUCGUCGCUUUGUGCCCCUCUUGCCCCCACCAAGCCCGUGUGCGACGCCGUCCGAAUGCUUGCGCUCGGCCCCAACUCCGGCUACAUCGAUAAGGCGUACCAACCCGUGAUCCUGGCCCACAUCCCGGCUGGAAUGUCGCUAAAUGUCUUGAAACAUUUCCAGCAGUUCCACACGUCGCGCAAGUUCCAGGCGUACGACUACGGCCGGCGGAGGAACAUGCAGGAGUACGGGAGCCCAGAGCCGCCCAGCUUCUCCUUCGGCCAAGUCCGCGCGCCGGUCGGCCUCCUCUAUUCCGAUGGCGACUGGAUCUCGGACACGCUGGAUGUCCGACGUAUGGCCCCGGAACUCCCCAACCUUGUCCUCGACUACCUGGUUCCUCUCGCCGACUUCAACCACAACGACUUCCUCUGGGCUGAGAACGCCAAUCGCCUCGUCUACGAUAGGAUAUUAAGCCUCUUGCGAAAAUACUAGUUGCCUUGAGGGAGACAGGCAACUAGUAUUUUCGCAAGGCGGUUGGAGUCCUGUGGAGUCAGGUGGUGGCAGCACUUUUUUUUUUUCUUUCUUUCUUUCUUUUUCGUCUCCUCGUGUUAGAUUAUGAUUGUGUUCUUGUUAUCUGUGUUAUUGUCUUUCUCUCCUUGUUCCUGAAUCCUUAUAUAUAUAGAUAGAUAUUUGUUUACGUAGUGUUUUUCGUGUUAUUUAUAGAAUGGAGUGUUUGUUUGUCUA